AUGUUCGGAACGGCGAUUCUCAAGACGGCAGCGUUGCUUCUCGUUGCUGCUGGGUCGGCAUUUGCUGCACCUUCGACACUCCUUCAGUCACGAUCCAAGUCUCCCAUUACGCACCUUGGAUCUCAGGGCCCCAUCUUGUCCGGCGGUGUCAUGACCAAAGAUAUUGUCUACACCAGUGGCACGAUCCCCUCUGUCAAUGGCACGAUCCCUGAAGGCAUUGAAGCCCAGACGGCUGCUGUCAUCAACAAUAUCGGGCUCAUCCUGGAAGAAGCGGGCACGUCGUGGGACAUGGCCAUCAAAACGACGGUGUUCCUCGCCAACAUGGACGAUUUUGCUGCGAUGAACGGCGUGUACGGCAAGCUGCUGCCCAACCCGAAGCCGGCACGAACGACCAUCCAGGCGGGCAAGCUGCCAGGCAACUUUCUGGUGGAGAUUGAAGCUGUGGUGGCGCGUCCUCACUGCUAAUAAGGCUUUGGGCUUGGUCGGUCGCAUCAUGUGUCUGGCUCAAGUGUAACAGGGUUGUCCACUGCGAUUGAAAGAUGCAUGCGAUUCAAUGAUGACGGAAUGCAUGACUGAGCUGAAACCAGGCCCGUACACUGUGAAAGAGGCAAUUGCCGAUUGGACUGCACCGUUAUAGGAAUAGCUUCACGGAGCACCAGCAUGGCCUUGGGCGCAUUGCGAAGUUAUGUGGUGAUGUCUCGGGGAAAUAGCCGUCUUUGUUCCCAACCUACCUAGGUACCUAAGUUAGGCAUGUAAGCACUGGUAGAGGCAUGGAGCAGUCCUUGUUCGUCUUCUGGCGGCAGGAAUGAGCGCUGUGGCUUCGGGAAGUAUUGGGGUGCCGAGUAGAAAAUGAGGAGGGAGCAGCUCGGACCACCCUCGACAAGU